CUCAACUUCAAAUAUCAAAUUCAAGAAGUGCUCGCCUUAACGCCUGCACUUGUUCAUUCUCAGCUAGUAUUUCUCUUGCUUUGCCACAAUUCUUGGGCUCUUUGUGCUUGUUAUGUGUCUCUCGAACUAUAUACACAUCUUAAUCUUGUCGUUUUCUCUUGUUUAUUGAAGUGAAAACUAUGUAAUAUACCCAAUAGUUUUGGUCACUUUCUAUUAAUUUCUCAUUAGGCCUCGUUUAUCAUAUGGGUUUUCACUUUUGGUGAUUGGCAUUUGAAUGGGAACUGGGUUUGGCUUAUAGCCUCUGGUUGCUCGAGAAGUUGAAGGAGAACAGCAAGCUUGUUCAGGUGGAGAAUAAGGCACUGUUCUAAUCUUCAUAAGGUUAGAAAUAUGGCUGCAACCACUACUAUGUCCAUAUCUCGAGAGGCAUCCAACUAUGACGAGGUUUCGAUGCAGCAGAGUUUGUUGUUUUCUGAUAGUCUCAAGGAUUUGAAAAAUCUAAGAGCACAGCUAUACUCUGCAGCUGAGUAUUUUGAAAUGUCUUACACCAAUGAUGACCAAAAGCAGCAAGUGGUAGAAACAUUAAAAGACUAUGCCAUCAAAGCUCUUGUGAAUACCGUGGACCAUUUGGGUUCUGUGACAUUUAAGGUUAGUGACCUUCUGGAUGAAAAAGUUGAUGAGGUUUCUGGAACAGAGCUUCGGGUAUCUUGCAUUGAACAGAGGAUACGGACAUGCCAAGAGUAUAUUGAUCAUGAGGGAAUUUCCCAACAAUCACUGGUGAUAAAUACUCCGAAGUACCAUAAGCGGUAUCUCUUGCCAGCUGGAGAGACCAUGGAUGGUGCGAACAAGUCAAACUACUUAGGAUGUAGCCUAGAUGAUGAAGAUGACUGGUAUCAGUUUAGGAAUGCUGUUCGAGCUACCAUUAGAGAAACCCCAACAGCAACACCACCAGUGAGAAAAGGGCGUUCUCCAUCACCUUCUCCAUGGCCUCCACACCGAUCUGCAACCUUUUCAUUUACUGCUACCAUGCCCAAAAAAGAACUAGAGAAGCGAAUGGAAUCACCCCACCGAUUUCCACUUCUGCGUUCAGGAUCCCUUACCAGGCCUACAACUCCAAAUAAGAGUAGGCCAACCACUCCAAAUUCAUCUGAUGCAAGACAACGGUACCCUUCUGAGCCCAGGAAAUCAGCUUCAAUGCGUUUCCAACCUGAGAAAGGGAGCCCUAAAGUGAUUGAACAACAUCCUAGCAAAAGCAAGCGACUGCUCAAGGCAUUGCUUAGUCGUCGCAAAUCAAAGAAAGAUGAGAUGUUAUAUACUUAUUUGGAUGAAUACUGAGGGAGAAUAAUAUACAAUACCUAAAGAGAAAGAAGAUGGUCAAGGGAAGGAAGACCAUGGAUGAGGAAUCCCUGUCCUUUUUUUUAUGGCUUUUCUGCUUGACAUUCUCUUCUUUUCAUAUUUGGAUUAGGAGAUAAAAAGCAGUUUGAUUUUCUUCAUUUAUGUUCUGGAUAUAAGCACUCCUGUUGUAUACCAAUCCAUAGCUUACAAUGAUGUAAAUUAUUGUUUGACAUUGAGAGCAGUAUUUAAUAGUAACUUUUAUGGAAG